AUGCCUGUACGCCACCGCCGCUCCCGGCGUUCUCCCCCGUGGUCUGAGGAGCGUUUGGCUGCUGUGGAGAGGGAGCGUUUGCAGCUAAAGAGGCAGAAGGAGGAGGAGGCGAGCAGAUUGUCGCCUGAGGAGGUACUGAAGAGGAUUCGUUCUCGAGGGAAGCCCAAAGGACCAAAGGGGUCUUCUUCUCAUACAGAAGAAGGGGGUGGGGAUGGCUUAAGGUUGCGGCCCCGGUGCCUCUCUGCUGCUAGCAGCUGUAGGGAUUCUUCUGGAGUAUCUUCUACUGAUGCAAAGCAACAGCAGCAGCAGAAGCAGCAGCAGCAGCAGCAGCAUCCGCGACCUGAGAUUGGGGCAUUCAAGCGAUCCGAUAUGUCAUCUGCCUCCUGGACAAUGGAGUGUUUAGGCACUGCACUUGACCAGCAGCAUUUACGGCACAAGGAAAUAGUUUAUCUCUUUCGAAGGCGGAAGGCAUAUUUAUCUCUGCGUAAUGAUAUUAUAAGCAUGGAUAUAGCGGGCCUGCAGAAGCUUGCAGCGAUAAGAUGCUGGGGGAAGGUCCCCCAAGCUAUGGUGGUUGCUGAUAGGGGUUUAUGCUCUCUAGAAGAGGCAUGCAGCCUAUGGGAGGCCCCAUUUAAAGAGCUCGCAUACCAGUGGGAUGAGAUGUACGUACGAGAGUUUCCUGAAGUAACUGAUGCGGAUCGCUGGGGUACAGACAGCUGGGAGUCUUUUUACACUCCUUAUUCUCGCGACUUCAUGGCUGCACCUUCGCUGCAUCUUCAACGCAUUUUAAAGUGGAAGGAGAGGGCAAAUUAUAAAAGAGAAAUACCUCUAAAAGGCAAUCUAGCUGAAGACCUGCAUGCCUCUCUUCGUGCUCUAGGGGUUGAGCCCACCAUUAUAGCAAAUAAGAAAACCCCAAAGAAACAGCUAAAUGCUCAACAACACGCACUAACCUCAAAACAGCAACUUGAUAGUAAUAGACAGACAAAACAAACACAAGACAAACAGGUUAUCUCCUCUCAGCAGCAACAAACAAUACAGCACAACUCUACAAGCACGAGACAAUACAGUAGCAAUAAGGAUACACUGCCACGCAAUAUCUCAGCUUCAAAACCCAGUUCAAAUAGAAAAUCAGAUAUAAUGCUGCAGAAGAAGCUCGACAGGCUGACGGUGCUGCGGCUGGUCCGGUGGCUCCUUGUUGGUUCUUUUGUGUGCGCCGAGGCGAAGUGGAGGGAUGGUGUGUGGGUGUUUUCUUUUGUUUGUUUAAUGGUUGUUUCUCUCUUCGGUCUUCAGUGCAUACUGAGCAGCCGCCUCUACCUGCGGCCUUCACUCUCUCAGCAGCAGCAGCAGCAGCAGCAGCUAGCCAAGGAACAUUGUUGCUGCAGCAUUAGAUUUGCAUUAUCUUCUUCUCGGGUGUCUGUACAUCUCCCCACGAUGUUUUGCUGCUCUGCCCCCCGCGCCCGCGCGGCUUCCAGGAGUUCUUCUGGGCUGUAUCCAGCCUUUGAGGUCUCCCUACCUCCUUUGUCUACUAUAGGAGACCCUAAGCCUUGGUUCUUUGUAGGAAGCAAAGAUGUUCCCGUCUGCUGCUACACGUGGCAUUCGCCUAACCCCAAAGGCAUUGCUGUGCUGCUGCAGGGCCCUGAAGCCUCGUGCAUGCAGCACUGGCUUACUGCAAGAGCGCCACCGCGUGCAGACAAUCUUGCUGCAGAAGAUGUAUCUGAGGGCUUGCCCCUAGUUCCCUUGCAGGAACAGCAAGACCAGGAGCAGGAGCAGCAGCAGGAGCAGCAGCAGGAUGGUGAAGGGGAAGCAAAUGCUUCCCUGCACGAGGAGGUGAAGCCUUCUUUGUUCUGCUGCAGGCCCGUUACUUCUACUGAGGACUCUCCUCUCCAUCUGGUGUCUAUGAAGACAGCAACAACACUUUCUCUCUCUCGUGGAGGCAGCAGCUUCCUCGCGCAUGCAGGCUCUGCUGAGGGUCCUCUGCAGCAGAAAAGCUCUUUCAAGGCCCAGCAGCUCACAUUGCCGGAAGGGCUCAGCUUCGAGAGCAUUGGAGACCUUGAGGCACUGAAAGCUGCUGCUGAUGCAGCUGCUGCAGCUGCUGCAGCGCAGCGCUCAGCAACAGACGUCAACCGGGGUCCCUCUAUGGGGCUUGUGGGUGAAGGCGCGGGAUCGGCGGGAUCGGCGGGAUCGGCGGGAUCGGGAGUAGUGGAAGAAAGCUCCACACUGCGAUACGAGGGCUCAUGGGUGGAGAGGUUUGUGUCUGAUGGAUAUACGGUGGUGGGGCUGGAGGUGCAGAGCCUGAAGGAAGAGGGCCCCUGCAGAAGCAGCUUGGUGUUCCAGGACCUAGUGGCUGACGUCUGCACUUUGCUGCAGUCUCUUGCAAACAAAUCUUCUCUCCCCAUCUUCCUUGUGGGCGCCGAACUCGGCGGCAGUUUGGCGCUGAGAGCGGCUGAGACCCUCGCUAGAGAUGGUUUGCUUGGCAGGCCUGCAGCAGCAGCAGCAGGAGCAGCAGCAGUGCACACACUGGUGCAAGGGCAUAACAGCAAGGAGAGGAAGCAGCAAGUGCAGGAAAAGCUGCAGCAGCAAAAACUGCAGAAAGAAGAGCAGCAGCGCCAGCUGUUAGAAAGUAUAGAGGGGGCGACAGCAUCUACAGCGAGCUCUCAUCGCGGUUCUAUCGAUGGGAAGGGUGCUUAUACUUCUGGUGCUGCUGUGGAGAGACAGUUAGAAGCCGUGAUAGAGGAUGAGGAGGAGGAGGCAUCAGGGAGCAGCGCUGCAGCAGUAGCAGCAGCAGCAAUGGGCGCAACCCAUCGAGUUGUGCGGCAGAAGCCGGUGCCUCUAGCGGGCUUAAUUCUGCUGUCUCCUGUGUUAGAGACACCUGAGAAGACUGCAUGCGUGGGGUGUGCUGUGCCUUUCUGUAUGGAUUCACUGAACGGGUGGCUUCUGCCUUGGGGGGCUGCGGCACCUGCUGCUUCUGGGAACCUUAACGGAGGGGGGUCUGGGAUCGUCGAUCCCCAGCAAGGGUCGCAGAGCAGCGGCUGCUGCGGCUGCAGCAACUGGGAUGCAGGUUUGCUGCGGGGCUUAGAGGCAGCGCAGCAGGAUGCCUUGUGGCUGCGACGCCCAAUCUUAAGAGACGCAAGAGAGCCCUUCAGCUUGAAAGAUUGGGGAAAGCUUCUUCACUGCAAACAAGCGAAUAAAGAGCAGCCGAGCCUCGCAGACACUCUGGAGCAGCAGCCGCAGCACAGGCAUGGAAUCGGAGCGGAGGAGGGAGACGAGGAGUGCGGGGCGCAACAGCACCUCUCCGUCUUAGUGCUGCAAUCUCUAGAAGAUGCUACAGCGUCUCCUCUUCCUUCUGUACGGCUAUUUGAAUUCCUUGGGGGCCGCGCCCGCCUACCGGAGCCAUGGGCUUCUAUCAGGCGAGAAGAGCGCCGCAAGGAGCGCGAGGCAAAGCGGCAAGCCGCCGCUGCAGCAGCAGCAGCAGCAGCUGCUGCUGCUGCUGCUGAGGCUCAGGAAGGAGUAGAUGCGCUUGGAGAGACCAAAGAAGAGGGAGAAGAAGAGGUGGGGGGAGCUCAGAAGCCCGAUGCUGCUUUUGAAGCGGAGUUCCUAACACGUGCUGCUUCACAAGUAGAGAAAAAAGCAAAUGAAGAGCUGAAAAACGCAGAAGCAGCAGCGAGGACAGCAGAGAUUGCUGCAGCAGAAGGCAGCGGAGAAGCAGAACGGAUGAUUGAGAAGGCACUUGCAGCAAUUAAUGCAGCAAACAAAACACUAGAGAGAGCAGCCACAUUAGACAGACUCGCUUCCAAGGCGAACGAACGCCGCAAAGAUGAAAGCAAACACUUCGCUUCCAAAUUCAAAGACAUGCAGAAAGCUACUCCAGCAUUAGCAGCAGCAGCAGCAGCAGCGGCAGCAGAAGCAGAAGAAGCAACACCUGCAGCAGCAGAGUGCGAAGAAGCCGAAGAAGCAGAAGAAGCAGAAGAAGCAGAGGAAGCAGAAGAGCAGCAAGAAGAGGAGGUAGCUGAAUCUGAGGAGAAACGAGAAGAUGAAGACAAGCAAGAAGAGAAUGAACAGGAAGAAGAGCAAGACAAAGUGCCCACAGAGAACACUGAGGAAGAAGGGAAGCCAGCUGCAGCAGAUGCAGCAGCAGGUGGGAGCGUUAGCUGCUGGUGCGGCGGUGCAGAGUCUGCAGAGAGCAGCAAGGCGGCGCGGAAGCGCCGCAACAAGAACAGGAGGAAGAAGGGCAGCAACUCGAGCAGCAGUUUCCUCUUUGCUUGCUGCGCUGGCGAGGAGCAGCGGGAUGGGGAGAAGCAGAAGCAAGCUGGGGGCCUUUACCUGAAGAGAAAGAAAUGGAAACGGGUCCCAGGAAUGGUGAUAGACGAAGACGGCUGUUUAGUUGAGGUUGAAAACGCAAAGCAGCUGAUGGAUGAAGUGAGGGCCAACGGGUUCGAGCCCUUCCCUGCUCCCCUUAACCAGUCGCCCGAAGAAGAAAGCAGCGAAGACGAAGAUGAAGCUGUGCACAUAGACGAACUGGAAGAAGACGCCAUGGCUCCCUUCUCCCGUAUCACCAAUACGCUCGAAGACGGAGGCCUCCAGCUGUGGCUGCUGCGAGGCAAGAACGGCCCCCUACUUACGAAGGAGCCGGCAAGCGAGGAUCUGCAAAAAGAUAUCAUAUCGAAAUUCAUCGAGCCUGCUAUAGACAGGAUCGCGGCAGCGUCAGAAAGAGAGAAUGUUGCUGCCCAUUAG